UUAAACACUCUUUUAAUCACUAAAAAAAGGAAAACAAAUUCAAGAAAAAGUUGUAGAUCUCUUGCGGGCGGGUCCAACGAUCAGAAAAUUUGAAUUUUUGUUGAAGCAAACCCUGAGAAAGUAUUUUUUUUUUCUUUUCUUACAAGGCAACGGACUCCUUUUUGGAGCUUCUAGGGUUAUAAUUCCCUCCUCGUUUCUCACAAAAAGAUCCAGUCUUUUCAACUUUUUUUUUGGUACGAUUGCUAGCAUAUCACUUAGAUUACAGCUCCAGAUCCACGCGAUUUGGGUUUAGGGUUUCGAAUUGUAGGAAAUCGUUGAGGUGGUCGGAUUAGGGUUUGUAGGAUCCGAUGCUGGUGGCUCCGCCGAUGGGUCCCAGCGUUGUGAGGACUCGGAGCUCCUUGGAGGUGAUGUUGGAUUCUUUGAUGAAGAAGGAUGAGGAGAAGCCGGAGGAUUUAAUGCCGGCUUUGCCCGCGAGGCCGAUGUCAAGAGGUCGACGGCCGUCCUUUAAGAGAUCGUUGCUGCCGGUCAUUUUGGAUACUGAAUGUAGUAAUGGGUUUAAAAAGAAGAAAGAGGAGAUGGAUGCAUAUUCGGAGAUGCCGGAGUUAGAGAGCUAUGAGGAACGGAGAUCGGAAGGAGUCGGGGCUCCGCAGCCUUCUACUUCGCCAUCGGAUGGGAAGAAGUUCAAUUGUGCUCUAAUAAAGGAUCUCCGUGUCUGGUGUCAUCAUAGAGAUGCUAAGUGGGAGUUGGGGAAGAUCCAAUCAGUUUCAGGAGAUGUUACUCAUGUCAAAUCCUCUAAUGGGAAAGUUUUGGCAGUGCCAACUGAAAAUAUAUUACCUGCAAACCCAGAUGUCCUUGAUGGUGUUAGUGAUCUUAUCCAGCUCAGUUACCUUAACGAACCUUCUGUUAUUCAAAAUCUUCAGUACAGAUAUUCUCGUGACAUGAUUUAUACCAAAGCAGGUCCCAUUCUAGUUGCUCUGAAUCCAUACAAGGAGGUGUCCCUUCAUGGGAGUGAUUUAAUUGCAGCUUACAGGCAGAAGAGACUUAUUGACAAUCCACAUGUCUUUGCAAUGGCAGACACUGCUUACAGUGAAAUGAUGAGAGAUGGGAAAAAACAGUCAAUCAUUGUAAGUGGUGAAAGUGGAUCUGGGAAAACUGAAACAGCAAAAUUUGCAAUGCAAUAUCUUGCAGCUGUUGGUGGUGGCAGUGGUAUAGAGGAGGAGGUUCUGCAGACCAAUUUGAUAUUGGAGUCAUUUGGGAAUGCAAAAACAUUAAGAAAUGACAACUCUAGCCGAUUUGGAAAACUAAUUGAAAUAAAUUUUAGCAAAGCGGGGAAAAUAUGUGGUGCUGAGAUCCAAACUUUUUUACUUGAGAAGUCAAGGGUGGUGCAGAGAGCAAUUGGAGAAAGAUCGUAUCAUGUUUUUUAUCAACUUUGUGCAGGAGCUCCGAUUCAUCUUAAAGAGAAAUUAAACCUGAAAGCAGCUAAUGAAUACGAGUAUUUGAAGCAGAGCAACUGCUUGACAAUUACUGAUAUUGAUGAUGCUAAAAGAUUUCACAUGUUGACGGAAGCUUUAGAUAUUGUUAAAAUCUGUAAGGAAGAUCAAGAGAACGCGUUUGCUAUGCUUGCAACAGUGCUAUGGCUUGGAAACAUCGGCUUCUCAGUGAUUGAUGAGGAAAACCAUGUAGAAGUUGAUAUGAGUGAAGGCGUAACUAAUGCAGCAAAAUUGAUGGGUUGCAAAGUUUCUGAUUUGAUGAUGACUUUAUCAACGAGAACACUUCAAACAGGAAGUGAAAAUGUUAUCCAAAAGCUGACAUUAUCACAGGCAAUUGACACCAGGGACGCUUUGGCAAAAUCAUUAUAUGCAAGUUUGUUUGACUGGCUUGUGGGACAGCUGAACAAGUCGCUUGAAGUAGGGGAUUACUAUGCAGGAAAAUCCAUUAGCAUCUUGGAUAUCUACGGAUUUGAAUAUUUUCAUAGGAAUGGCUUCGAACAGCUUUGCAUAAACUAUGCAAAUGAGAGACUGCAACAACACAUCAAUCAGCAUUUUUUUAAACUUGGACGAGAGGAAUAUUCCCAAAAUGGGAUGGACUGGACCAAUGUUGAUUUUGUGGACAACAUGGAAUGUCUAGAACUUUUUGAGAAGAAACAGAUUGGGCUUUUGUCCUUAUUGGAUGAGGUGUCAGCACUUCCAAAAGCAACUGAUAUGACAUUUGCAAAUAAGCUUAAGCAAAAUCUGAGCAGUAAUGCCUGCUUCAAGGCAGAAAAAGGUGGUGCCUUCCGAAUUUGCCAUUUUGCUGGGGAGGUUUUGUAUAAUACAAUUGGUUUCUUGGAGAAGAAUAAGGAUUCACAUCAUUCAGAUUACAUUGAGCUUCUUUCGUCGUGCUCUUGUCAACUUCCGCAGCUUUUUGCCUCCCGUAUGCAUAACCAAGUAAGCCCUUUCCUGAAGUUAAAUGGAGCUACACAGCAGCAGAGUGUUGGGACGAACUUUAAGGAUCAACUUUUCAAGCUGAUGGAGCAGUUAGAGAGGACCUCUCCUCACUUUAUACGAUGCAUUAAGCCAAAUGGACAGCAUCUUCCUGGACUGUAUGAACAUGAUCUAGUUUUACAACAGCUUAGAUGCUGUGGAAUACUGGAAGUUGUUAGGAUGUCAAAGUUAGGAUAUCCAUCUUGGAUGACACACCAGCAAUUUACUGAAAGGUAUGGUUUUUUUCUCUCGCGAAAUGUUGCAUCUCAGGACCCACUCAGUGUUUCCGUCAACAUUCUUGAGCACUUCAGUGUCCCGCCUGACACAUAUCAAGUUGGUUAUACGAAGAUAUUUUUCCGCAGUGGACAGAUUGCAUCGCUGGAAGAAGUUAGACACCGGACUCUGCAAGCUAUUCUAUGUGUUCAGAAGCGAUUUCGUGCUCUUAAAGUUCGUCGUCAUUUUCAAGAGCUCAAGAAUGGAGUUACUAUGCUGCAGUCAUUUAUCCGUGGCGGGCUGGCAAGAGAGCACUUCAAUGACCUUAAAAGCUUGAAAAUGUCGAGAACCAACUAUAUGAGAGCUACAAGUGAUCCUAAUUUCAAUAUGCAGGAAUUAGUGGAAACAAACAAGGAGCAAUGUCAACUAGCACAUGCAGUUGAUGAAGAUCUCCAAAGACGGGUUUUGAAGGCGGAAGCUGCAUUGAAAAUUAAGGAAGAGGAGAAUCUCACAUUGAAACAGGAACUCCAGCUAUAUAAGACAAAAUGGUCUGAUUACGAGGCAAAAAUGAAGUCUAUGGAAGAGUUGUGGCAAAAGCAGAUGACAUCGUUACAGAUGAGUUUAGCUGCAGCAAAAAAGAGCUUAGCUGUUGAUGACAGUGAAAGCCAACAAGGAAAACUUGAACCUCCACCAAAUAACCUCUAUUCUGAUUGUGAAAAUACAUCUUCAGAGUUUCAAACACCUGAAGUCACACCGGCCAAACAACCUCGUGGAUCUGCUGCGGUACUACCAAGAAACUCCAAUGGCAAUCACAAUGCAGUUAGUCACAUGGUAAAAGAGUUUGAGCAGCAAAAGAAGGUUUUUGAGGAUGAUGCAAAAUUCCUCAUUGAGGUGAAGGCUGGGCAGUCAGUUGCCAACAUGAACCCAAAUGAUGAACUACAGAAACUGAAGGUGAGAUUUGCUACUUGGAAGAAGGAUUACAAGGUCAAGUUAAAGGAGACAAAGAUGGAACUUCAGAAGCUCGGUAAUUCCGAACAGGUCAAAACCCGUAAGAGAUGGUGGAACUUAAGGAGCACUAAAUAGUUUAUAAAAAUGGUAUGCUGGCGUGUGAGAUAUGAAACAAGGAAUCCGGAACUCCAAGAAGCUCGGUAAUUUGGGGCAGGUCGAAACCCUCCGGAAGCACGGUGAACAAGGGAAUAAUAGAUGGUUGCUACUUGCUUUAUUGAAGUUCUUUGGUGUCUGAGAUUUGAAGCAAGGAAUCCUGAGCAGAAUCAGAUGGACUAUACUUGACCAUAUGUUGGACAGUGGGGGAGCUAUUAACUGUGUAUAUAAUUAAAACGAGAGCUGUUAGUUUAGAGCGGCUUAGUUAUGUGACAUAUUUAUGUGAUGCAAUCUCCGGAGUGUAAAUUGUAGAGGUUAGACUAUGAAUGCGGAGCGAAAUUUCAGUCAUUCUCUGAAAUGACAUUUGUACAUGCAAACAAGGAAAUGGAAAAAAAUAUCUAUUUUACUUUAA